AGAAACUGGCGCGAUACCUCGUCCGCCAUAUUAGAAUUAGCAUCGAAAGAAAAACAAAGCGAAUUCUACCUUAUUUCUAAUGUUUAUACUCCCAUAAAAAUGGUAAAACUACACAUAAAACGUGGAGAAGAGAGCUUGUUUCUUUACGAGACGACUUGCAGCGUAGAACUGAGCGAGCUGAUUCCAGAACUGGUUCGAAUUUCCAAUGGAAGGUUGAAAAUUGAGCGACUAAAUUACGAAAUUGAAGAGCUAGCCAAGCAUGGCCCUACACUUCCGCCAAACAUGCAGGGGCUCACAGAUGAUCAGAUCUCUGAUCUCCGGCUCAAGGAUGAAUGGGAGGACAAAUGUGUGCCUAGCGGGGGGUACGUGGAGACGACCGAUCCGAUGUCCAGGCGCAAUGGGAGAGCUCCAAAGGAUAAUAUGGCUGAAGUACUGAACAGAACAAGACAGGAAGCUAUGGCCGCUGUUUCAAAAAAUCUUGUAAAGACUGAUAUUUGUCUGACUAUGGAGAAAGUAAAAGAUGCUCUUGACCAGAUGAGAGGGUCUGUUAUGAUAGUCUACCCUAUGGGGCUUCCACCGCAUGACAACAUCACGUUAGAGUUCGACAACCAGGAGGAUUUAUCAGGGAUGCAGGGCUCUCUGCAAGUCUUAGACGAAGGCACUGCCCAGUUGUGGUGGGCAGGUAAAGAGCUUCAGAGAGGGAAAAAGUUACAAGACUUUAUUGGAAAAAAUGAAAAGACAAAGCUCGUAGUCAAACUUCAAAAGAAAGGCCAGGGCGCCCCCGCUAGAGAGCAGGUGUUUAGCGAGGAAGAGAGGAAGCACAUGAUGGCGCAUGCCUAUCGCAAGCAGGAGGAGAUGAAGAAACUUGAAAACGCUGAAGAAGAUGCAUACCUGAACUCUGCUUGGGCUGAUCCUAACUCGCUCAAAAGACAAUUCCAUGGCUUGGGAAACUUUAAAUGGAGACCUUGAAGAAAUGGUGAAACAUUCUCAAAACAAUAACAGAUGGAUAGAAAGAGAGGACUUACAUACAGCGCAAUGCUACAUGAGAUCCAUGUCAACUCUUGAAAUGUAGAGGAUUUGAUAAAUACUUCUAGCUUGAAAACUGGCAGAGAUUAAGCUCGAAGAGAAAAAUGCUGCCUUUAAGAGACGCUUGUAUUACAAAUUUUACUGGAAAAUCUUUUGUAAUUAUUAUCAAUGAAUAAUAAAUUCCUGUGAAAAAAGA